CGUGUGGCACGUGUUGUGGCGGAGACUGUUGCUCUGAAUCAUUCUGAUGUAAGAUGGUAUGUCUUUGGAGAUGAUGACACAGUUUUCUUUCCAGAGAAUUUGUUGAAGAUCCUCUCCAAAUAUGAUCACGAACUUUGGUACUAUAUCGGCGCGCACUCAGAGAGCUACGAGCAAAACCGAUUCUUUGGCUUUGGAAUGGCUUUUGGUGGAGCAGGUUUCGCCAUAAGUUCCUCCCUAGCAAAGGUUUUAGCUAAAGUUUUUGAUUCAUGCAUAGAAAGGUAUCCUCAUCUAUAUGGAAGUGAUGGCAGGGUGUACUCUUGCUUGACAGAACUCGGCGUUGGAUUAACCCACGAACCCGGUUUUCACCAGUUUGAUAUGCACGGAAAUAUGUUUGGUCUAUUGGCUGCACACCCUGUGACACCCUUGUUAUCCCUCCAUCACCUGGACUAUACAGAUCCUGUCUUUCCCAACAUGACGAAAACACAAGCCUUAGGACGUUUAUUUGAGGCUGCUAAUGUGGAUUCUCAGAGGAUCAUGCAACAAACAGUUUGUUAUGACAGGUGGUUUUCAUGGACAAUCUCGGUGUCAUGGGGCUAUGCUGUUCAGGUGUUCCCAAACCAUAUGUUCUUGCCUGAUGCUCUGAGCGUGCAACAAACAUUCAGGCAGUGGAAGAAGGGAAGUGCAUUUGCAGGAGCAUUCACUUUUAACAAAAAAGACCCUCACCCCGACCCAUGCAAAAGACCCACCAUUUUUUACCUGGACAGUUUGUCUUCAGGCCAGGAUGUGAUCACAAGUAAUUACACUAGACAUUAUCAAAACUGUUCAUAUGAUUCUGCUUCGCCGAGGAAAAUGAAAACGAUCAAAGUGGUUACAAAUAAGCUAGACCUCAACAUAAAACAGUUGCAGGCUCCGAGAAGGCAGUGCUGUGAUGUGUUGCCCUCUACAGCUCGUGACUCCAUGGAAAUUGCAAUUAGAGAAUGCAAAGAGGACGAAUUGAUUUACAUGCAUCGAUAGAAGUACAAUAUCAAGCGUUGUUUGAGGCAAACAAGAAAAAAGAAAUAGUUGAAGGAAAUGUACAAGGGAAUGCCCACAUAUGCUUGUAGAGUCUCAUCAUUAGUCCAGAAUUCCCAUAGAUGCUUGUAGAGAUUUACCAGCCUAGUCGACUUCAGAUAAACUAAUAGCACACCAGGCAAUAUACUGAGGCUGCUAGGAUGGAAACGCAAGGGGAAAAGUUGUAUUUUGAAGGUUAAUUGACAUUCUUUUUGGUCAAGUUAUUGACUAAUAAAUUCAAUAAUGGAUUUCUAGUCUGCUUCCUUCAGCUAAAA